AUGUCCCCAAAAAGAACCUUCACUCUCCAAGAAGAACCAACCUCAUCUAACGAAUGGCGCGUAGCGGAGGGGGGGGGCUUUAAAGCCACCACCAAGGUGUUUGCUACAACACUAGCUGCCGGGCAACAUGGCAUUAAAAGAACGACCCAUGCUGUUAUUCUUGUUUCCUGUCACUAUAAGAGGACAAAGUUUGAUGGCAGUCACUCGCAGCAGCAGCCCCUCUCUCUUCCUGCUGUGUAUUCAACAGGUGCUUUCUCUCUAAAGCUGAUGACCGAGGACUGGACAGGAGAGACGCUCACCAGUGUCUUCUACACCGGAGACCUCCUGCCCCUCGAGGCCUCUUACAGCAGUCCUGAUGCGGGACACAGACGCCUGUUUAUCGACGGCUGUGUCGCCGCUUUGUCUCCUGACCCGAGAUCAGUCCCCAGAUACUACUUUAUCGAAAACCAUGGGUGCUUCAAUGAUGCCAAAGAGGACGGAUCAAAUGCACUUGUCAAUCCCAGAACAAGAUCUUCUUCUCUUCAGCUGCAGCUCGAUGCCUUCCUGUUUCCCCAGGACACAAGGAACUCAAUUUGUAUCACUUGCCAGCUGAAAGCGACCUCUGAAAUGCGGAAGAGCAGCCCCGUCAACAAGGCCUGCAAUUAUAUAAAUUCAAGAUGGAUAAAUGUCGAUGGCAGUGAUGAUGUGUGUCGAUGUUGCGACGAUACAUGCUCCAGCAACUCUCCCACCGGUCAAAGAAACCUUGGAAGUCUGAUCCCUGAAGAUUUGGUGGCACAUGAAACUGUUACUCUGGGCCCUUUGAUAGUUUUGCCAUACAAAUAG